UAUAUAAGAAGAUUGGGUUCCAACACUGCAGUAAGGAAAUAAUUGGCUGUAAAAUGCAGUCACAGCAAUCACAUGGUACAGGGCCAAGCACCACAAGUGGGAAGGCAGUCUAGUCAUUUAUGUAUGGUAAUUAGCAGUGGUAAAUAAAUGAAAAAAGUAAAAACAAUAUUUUCUAUUUUUUUUUUCAGGCAAGGUAGAUGGAGGAAUGCUUGAACAAUACAGAAAAUGUGUUCUACAUUUCAGCCUUCGCCAUCUCGAAAACUGGACAAUGUCUCCUUUUCAUUGCAGUUCUAUUGAUUUAUCUGAUGACUCUCCUUGGAAACAUGACCAUUGCUGUAUUGGUGUGUUGGGUUUCCCAGCUCCAUACUCCAAUGUAUUUCUUCUUGAGUAAUCUUGCUAUUAGUGAUGUUCUGCAUGUUUCAGUUACUCUUCCAAAAUUGCUCUCUAUACUUCUAACACAGGAUCAUUGGAUUUCUUUCUCUGCCUGUAUGACUCAGGUGUACUUCUUCUCAUUGUCAGUUGGUUGUGAUAUAUUUAUACUGACCGCCAUGGCCUAUGAUCGAUAUGUAGCGAUCUGUAAGCCAUUACAAUAUUCCUUACUCAUGAGUAAAGAUGUAUGCAUCUCAUUGGCUCUGUCCACUUGGCUUAUAUCAUUGACUAAUUCAAUAAUUAAUGUGUUAUCCACAUCUCUAUUAUCGUACUGUCUCACACAAAAUGUUGACCAUUUCAUUUGUAAUAUGAAAGACCUGUAUGCAAUAACCUCUAGUGAUGCUACAAGCAGAAACACACUUCUGUUAUGUCAGGAUGUACUGUUGGCAGUUUUUCCUUUUUUGCUUAUUAUGACCUCCUACAUAUUUAUCUUCUCCACCAUACUGAAAAUUCGCUCCUCAGAGGGACGACUGAAAGCUUAUUCCAGUUGCACCUCCCACCUCACUACAGUAAUAUUAUUCUAUGUUCCAAUCAUUAUAAUUUAUGGCAAACCAGGAUCUGAAAGUUCCAACGAACUGGACAAGUUGCUGACCUUGCUUUAUACGGCUGUGGUUCCAAUGCUCAACCCGUUUGUCUACACUUUAAGGAACCAAGAUGUUUUGAAUGCUAUACAAAAUAUAAAAAGGAAGAGGAACCUGAUUUUCUUGAAAUAAUAUAUUUAAAAAAAUAACUUGCCUGGGGGAGGGAUUGGAAUCAUGGAGGCGUGUGAGAACCAGCACUUGGGACAUUUUUAAAUUGUCUGUUAUCGACAGCACUGUUUACUAUUGUCAGUAAUUAAGAGUUGUGUCUAUUGUUUGAC